AAGCCUCAACUGAAGAAGCUAUCCUCCUUGGGUAUCCAAGCUGCAGUGAGACCUCUCAGAGAUGCAUCUGUCUUUGACUCCGCAAUGGUCCUCCUGGACAGUACUCUUGCUGCUAGUGUCCAACCUGCUUCUGUGGGAGAACACAGCUUCUGCUAUGAGUACUAAAAGGUUGAAUGUCUACAACUACACAACCUUUGGGAACACGUGGAAUCAGGCAAUCAAGUUAUCCCAGAGCAUGAAUCACCGAAUUUCAGAACUGUCCACUCACUUUAAAGUAUUUUAUGCCCAAGGCCGAGGAUUUGAGAAGAGGACCACCAGAUGCCACACUUCUUCCCUCUCUAGUCCAGAAAACAAAGAGCAAGCCCAAAAGAUCCAACUGGAAGUACUGCUGGGGUUGGCACACAGUCUACUGCAAGCCUGGGUCAACCCUCUGUACCAUCUGUGGGCUGAAAUGGGUGAAAGACUGGGAUCCACUCCUCCUAUCCUCACCAAAGCCUUGGAGGUUAAGACCUUAAACAGAAAUCUCCUGGAGACCAUAGAGAGGAUUGCCUUCAAGGGUAAUUUUGAAAUCAACGAAAACAGGAACUAUACUGCCUGGUCUGAAUUGGAACUCUUGCAGUCACCCAAUAGAGACACAAGAUACUUUGCUUUUCAUAACCUGUUUCACUGCCUGAAAAAAGAUUCAAGCUCUGUGGAAAUGUAUCUGAAGCUUCUGAAGUGCCGACUGAUCCAAAGAAACUGCUAAAACCACAUAAUAUCCUUCUGUUCUGAGCGAUGGCUCUCGACAAUGCACUUGUGUAAAGUACAUGAGGAUAAUGGCUCUGUUCUUUCAAAGUAAAAAAAUAAAAUGAAAAAUCUGAA